AUGACUAUUGCUCUUUGGUUUUAUGAUGCUUGCAUUCCUAUAAAUGCUAUUAAUUCUCCAUUUUUUCAAAAAGCUAUUGAUCAAAUAGCAUCAAUGGGUCAUGGUUACAAAGGUCCAUCUUAUCAUUCUUUGAGAGUUAACUUGUUGCGAAAUGCUAAGAGAUAUGUGAAAUUAGUUGUUGAUUCUUUUAGAAAUACUUGGGCAAAAAUUGGUUGCACUAUAAUGGGUGAUGGAUGGAAAGACACUAGGCAAAGACCAUUGAUAAAUUUUUUGAUUUAUUGUCCUAAGGGUAUUUCGUUCAUUAAAUCUGUGGAUGCAUCUGAUAUUGUAACAAGUGCAGAAAAUUUGUGCAAUUUAUUUGCUAAAAUUGUUGAGAUGGUUGGUUCAAAUAAUGUGGUGCACUUAGUUACUGAUAAUGCUAAAGCUGCUGGGUCUUUGUUAAGUGAAAGAUAUCUGAACAUUUGUUGGUCACCGUGUGCUGCACACUGCAUCAAUUUGAUUUUGAAAGACAUUGGUGAUAUGAAUGAUGUAAAAGCUAUAGUGUCUCUUGCUUCAACGGUGACUGUUUUUAUCUACAAUCAUAAGUUCACUUUGAAUUGGUUAAGAAAGACUACAGGGUGGAAAGAAAUUAUUCGUCCAGGUGAAACUCGAUUUGUAACUACCUUUCUUGCAUUAAAAAGUUUGCAUGAUCAUAAGGAUAGUUUGCAAUCUUUGGUUACUAGUGACGAUUAUAAAAAAUUUCUGAGAAUAGAAAAAGAAAAAGAUGUGAAGCAAAUCAUUUUGGAUGAAGGUUUUGAAAUAACUGUUUGA